AUGAAAACUCCCAAAAUUUUGAAGAUAUCGAUGAAUGUAAAAGAGGUAUUUCAGGUUGUUCCCAAAUUAUGUGAAAAUACUAUGGGUUCAUUCUUAUGUUCUUGCGAACCAGGCUAUACUUUAGAUGCCGAUAAAAAGGGUUGCAAUGAUAUUAAUGAAUGUAUUGAUGGUGGUUGCUAUGAACAAACAUGUAAUAAUUUAAUGGGUUCUUGA